AUGAAUAUGAGUUCAGCAAGUUGGUUACAAGACUUUUAUAUCGGUGAAAAGAUACAAGAGGAAAAGAUAUUCUCCAUCUUUACAGCUACCUAUUUUUCGCACAAUAAUUUAUUUUUGAAUCAGUGGAAUCAGCCAAAUGCACAACUACCACAUCAACCAAACUAUGUUUCUUCGACUUCAUCUGCUUCAUCUGCUUCUUCAGCUUCAUCUAAUUCACAUAGCAAUGGUAAUAGCAACAACAACAAUAACAACAACAAUAAUAACAAUAGUAUUAGUCUCAGUAGCAAUAUCAAUAGUAUAAGCAAUAAUAAUAAUAAUAAUAAUAUCAACCAACAACUAGUAUUAAAGAAUAAUAAUAAUGUUAUCAAUGGUAUCAACACGACAAAUAACAAUAACAAUAACAAUAAUGUAUUCAAGUUGGAUCAGUCAUCCUCACCUUUAAUAUUAAAGCAACAACAGCAGUUUCCCAAAAUCAAGGAUAAAGAAAAGGAUAAGGAUAAAGACCAAGAUCAAUCUACCUCUUUAACAAACAAUCCAACUGUUUCGACAACUAGUACUAGUAGCACUACGAGCACUCUACUCUCAGCUACUAGUAUUAAUCUAGUUAGUCCAAGAACUGAUAUCAAUAAUAACAACAAUAACAAUGGAUACAUUAAAACUCAUAUCAAAGGAGCAUCAUCUGCUUCAUCAAUACCAACACCACCAUCAGCAUUGUUACAACCAACACCUGCUAUUGUAUCAUCUAAUACGACUUCGACUACUUCAACUACGACUAGUUCGAAACAAUCAACAUCAUCGUCGUCAUCACAAACUCAACCUGUUACAGUUGGUGCUCCACAAACUCCACACUUGGCCAAACAUUUUUCAUUGGAGAAUGUAAAUUAUGAUGGUGUAUCAUCUGGUGGUUCAUCGUCAUCAUCGUCGUCACUGAGUGGAUUAUCAGUCCCACCAAUCACUUAUACUGGAGCAUCGGCCAAUAGUGGUACACCAUCAUCGGCCAGUCGACAUGCAGAGAUAUUAUUCUCCAACCAAAAAGUACUCCUUAAAAUAAUCAAUACCAAGUACCCUUCAAUGGAUCUAAUGUCAUUGUUUCAAAGAGAAUUUGCCAUUCUCUCCAUACUCAACAAUAUAGAUGGUGUCAUUAAAGUAUUGCGUGCACAAACUGAAGUAGGAUCGAUAUUUGCAUUUGUCCUAGAGGAUAGUGGAUUCAAACCACUCACAUCUGUCUUUUCAUCUAUGGGUCCACCAACUCCAACAUCAUUACAAGGAAAUAGAUCAACAUCAACAUCAACAUCUACAAACAACACCACAACAACAUCAUCUAGUUCAUCACAACAAUCAAGUGAGUCUAGAGAAUCCAGUCUAAACAAUUCACAAACAAGAUCAACACCAAAUUCUGGGGACACUGCCAGUACCCAAUCAUCCUCUUUAUCACCCGCAUCACAAUCGAAUAAACUACCAACCCCUCAAUCAUCAUCACCUAUCAUCACAUCAACCACUGCCAUCAAAUUUCAAGAUAUGGAUUUAAUGACCUUUAUCAAUAUUUCUAUUCAAUUGGCAAAAAUAUUAGAAGAAAUUCAUCUAAGAGGAUGUAUACAUCGUGAUAUUAGACCAUCGAAUAUUUAUAUUAGCAAUGGUAUUGUAAAGUUGGCCAAUUUUCAAUUCUCGGUCAUUAAACUUUCCAAUGGUCAAACGAUUGAUAAUUCAUUACUCUAUCUAAAGACAUUUCCAGAGAUUGGACGUUAUAAUAGUACAUCUUAUUAUUAUUCAUCACCCGAAGAAACUGGUCGUACUCAACAUACGGUCGACUAUCGAUCCGAUCUCUAUUCACUCGGUGUUACAUUUUAUGAAUUAUUAACCAAUAGAUUACCAUUCCAAACAAAUGAUCUAUCUGAAUUAAUUCAUGCUCAUUUGGCAAAAAAGGCUCCUUUUGUUUCUGAUUUAAAUUAUAAUGUACCUCCAAUAUUAUCAAAAAUAAUAGAUAAAUUAUUAAAGAAAUCACCAGAUGAAAGAUAUAAUAGUGCAUAUGGUCUAAGAAGAGAUUUAGAAAUAUGUAAAUCACAAAUUAGUUCAAAUUGUACAACCGAUGGUUUUGAAUUGGGUAUUUAUGAUGUAUUACAUCGUCCUCAUAUUCCAACUGAAUUAUAUUCAAGAAAGAAUGAAUUAAAUGCCAUUUAUCAAUCAGUUAAUAGAGUUUGUAAAGGUAAUAAGGAAUUUAUAUUUGUAUCGGGUGGUAGUGGAGUUGGAAAGACAUCUUUGAUUAAUGCUGCCAAGAAAAAGGCACCUUCGGGACCAAGAUUUAUAGCUGGCAAGUUUGAUUUGUAUAAUAGAGGUGUGCCAUAUAGUGCAAUUAUCGAAGCAUUGAACGAAUUGAUGCAUAUGAUUCUAGUACUCAGUCCAGUGGAAUUGGCAUUUUACAAGGAGAAAUUACAUCGAUCUUUGGGUCCCAAUGUAGGUGUCAUUGUCAAUGUUAUACCAUUGCUCGAAUUGAUUGUUGGACAGUAUCCACCAGUACCAGCAUUACCACCAUCCGAGAGUCAGAAUCGUUUCGAUUUAGCAUUCAAAGACUUUUUACGUGUCUUUUCAGAGGAAGGACACCCACUCGUUUUGUUCCUCGACGAUUUACAACGUGCCGAUGAAGGAUCAUGUCGUCUCAUCAAACUCAUACUAGAAAACAAUAAUAAUCUACGACAUUUACUCAUUAUUGGUGCAUAUCGAGAGGAUAAUACAGCAUUUACCAACACCAACAAACAACAUUGGUUAUCACUGUGCGAGGAAAUAUCGAUUCCAGUGACACGAAUCAGUUUGAAACCAUUGGAUUUGAUGGAUGUCAAUUAUCUAGUUGCAUCGUCACUACACAAACAUCCAAAUGAAACCUAUGUACUGUCAGAGGUUGUUUUGUCAAAAACACAUGGUAACCCAUUCUUUACCAUUCAAUUCCUCAAAACUCUAUUCAACGAGAAUCUAGUCUUUUUCGAUGUCAAUUGUGAUAGUUGGAAAUGGGAUAUUACAAAUAUUCAAACUCGUCAAUAUACUGAUAAUGUUGUUGAAUUUAUGGUUAGUAACUUACAACAAUUAUCAAUAGAAUCACAAAGAGUAAUGCAAUUGGCAAGUUGUAUUGGUAAUAUAUUUGAUUUGGAUAUGUUGUCAGUGGUUGCAGAGUGUACGACAGAGGAGAUAUUACGAUUGUUGACACCGAUCAUUGCACAGGAUUUGAUAUUGAAUAUAGAUGACAGGAAAUAUCGGUUUGUGCAUGACCGUGUACAACAGGCUGCUUAUUCAUUGGUACUGCAGGGUAAAGAGAAACCAGAGAUUCAUUUGAAUAUUGGGAGAUCGUUGUAUGCCAAUGCUGGUGGAUGUAUCGAUAAGGAUCAAUCGACCAUCUUUGACAUUGUCAACCAAUACAAUUUGUUUGAUGAGCGCAACCGCACCAUCAACGACGGCGAUGCGGAUCUCACGGUUGGCGUGAUCGACGAUACCGAGCAAAAGGAGCGUCUGGAGAUGGUCGAACACUGUGUCGCGCGUCUUAUCAUCUACGCGAGCAAUAGUAAGCAGAACUUUUACGUCAUGGUCUUGCUCGUGCAGGCCGAGUUGUGUCAUGUGCACGGCAAGUACAUCGAAGCGAUGGAACUGUUUAGUGAGGCUAUUUCCGAGGCACAGCUCAACAAGUAUGUGCAGUAUGAAGCACUUGCCAACGAGAUGGCUGCGCGUAUGUAUGUCAAGUUGACCAAGUAUGCCGUUGCUCGUGCCUACCUGCUCGAGGCACAGUUGUGUUAUAGGAGGACAGUCCUCCCUUCAACAAACAACUGGAUCGAUCCAGUCCAUCAACAACCUGCAGCAAAGCAGCAAGCAGAGUGUCCAGUACCCGCAAGUAGAUGCAUUUGA